GAAGUGGGAGAAUGUGCUUCCUUCGAGGCUGUGUUUUUUACUUUCUCAAAGGUAUUUCCAGGCUCGACUUUGUUUGGUCUGAGCGAGUUGCCCAGUGGCGUGUGCGCGCGGACUGCUGCAUACAUUUGCUGGCCUACAUCAGAGCGGAUGAAUUCAAUUGUGGCGGAGCAGAGCGCGAUCGCAGCACAAAGACAAACUAGCUCAUAUCACUGUAUUUCAAGGGAAACUCUCACCUGACUGACACCCCCUGAGGCAUGCUGUGCUAAAGAAACACCUAUGCAGGUGGAUCCCACACUAAUGAAUGUAGGGGAUGGAGGCACGGUGAGCAGAGAGAUCAGUGCUCCAAAUAAAGCGUCUGCGAGUAUGGUGGGAAAUCCCCCCCAGACGCUUCCCCCUGAGUUUCGAGGAGAUGUUACCCUCAGUCAGCAAAACAAGACCACUCCAACAAAAGACUGUAAGACAGUAAAAGCCUGUCUGGACACGAGCAAUUACAACCACAGCCCCGAACUUUCUCCUCCUCAACAGCCCAACAAUGCACCAAUGUCCAGCUCAGUCCUCGGCAGCUCAGAGAAGAGAACAGAAAAAAGGGCAGAAGCCACUAAACUCAAAACAGAUGGUGCUGGGGUCUUCCCCUCACCUCAGUGGUCAAGCGGUUUAAAAAAUAAUCGGGAGGACUCGCUCAACCCCUGUCACAGUAAUGUGACAUCCAGUAAGAAGUCACAUCCGCAAACGCAAUCUGUGCAAAGUGUUCCACCUGGGUUUCAGUGCUCUGCCAUGUUUAAACCAGCCCAGCCUGUUGCCUUCCUUCCUUCCCCUAAUUUUUCUUCUCCACUUUGUAAAAUAACUCUUCCACCAGCAUUGGGUCAGAUUGCGGCAUUGAGAGAAGCCACAGCCAGUCAGUUUCAGAAAGAAAUUCAGCCUCAAAGCUCAGGUGUCGGAGGGACACCUCUCAUGCGGACCUAUCCCUAUUCAUUGUCUGUGGGCCGGACUCCAGCUGCAGAGAAAAAAACAGGCACAUCAACUUCAAAACUCAAAUCUAACCACUCAUCAAGUAAGAAUGCCAAAUCUGUAGGAGAACAUAAGUCUUUAGCCUCUGUGGUAGCCUCACCAGCUAUUGCCCUACCAUUGCAGCACCCAUCAUUAACUUCAGGAGCAGCCACCCACUACACCUUGUCUCCCACUGCUGCCAUUUGCUGUGGUUCUGCACUGGCCAGCAUCACCUCUCAAAGCAGACUGCUGAACCAUGUGGAGAAAGGCAACAGCAUAGACAAGACAGCCAUGGGGUCCAUUAAAACAGCACCUCCCUCUGCUGCAGAGGACCACACAGCUUGCUCAAUUGAAUCAAGAGACGUACCUCUUGAUUUGUCUGCUAAAUCAAAACGCCCAAAAUGCAUAAAUGACCCUCCACUUACUAUGAUGGAGCCUCAUAAUAAUGAGUCAAAUCAGAGGGAUUUUCUGAAUUCAAAGAGGACUCAUUCUACUGCUUAUAGCUCUGCUGUGCAAUACCCUGUCUUACCAAAUACACACAGAAAUGGUUCUCAUUCAAAGCAAAUAAACAGGCCUCAGAAUCACCAGAUCCCAGAGCCCAAACCCACUUGGGGUAAGGGAUCUUCACAGGACUCAAUAAAAAACAUCCCAGGCACAUAUGUAGGUGUGGCUAGCCCCAUCCUGGCUUCUACUCUAAGGGGCAAAGAUGGAAAAGGGACCUUUGCAGAUGAAUUUCAGAGUUUUGCAAAGCAGGAGUUUAUAUCUAUAAUUGACCAAGGAGAACAUCUGGCCUCAGGAGGAAAGAAGCCAUCCUGUCUGAUGAAGGGUAACCAACAUGCCCACAGUGUCAAGCAUGUUAAAAACACCAGCACAGCCAUAGCUAAGAACUGUCCCCCUAAAGGAGCCCUGACCACUGCCCUGUUAAGCUCUGCCAACACUCAGAUUCAUCAGAAAUCUGCACCUGGCAAACCAGGGGUGCCAUACUCGACCACAGUUGUAAAUCCAGCUUGGCAACAGCCGUCACAUCUUCCACAGCAAGCCUCGUCUGUUCAUAGAAAAAUCACACAGGGAUCUCCAAAGACCAAGGGUCUCCCAGUUACAGAAGCAAGUAAGUUUCAGAGUGGUCAUCAUAGCCCGUCCAAACCUGAGGAUGAAAAGUGGGAGAGAAUGAAGUCUCCUCUGUCUAACCUUGCGUCCAUUGUAAAGCAGCAAGCUCUAGAAACGACAGCACUGACAGGCGAUAAUAACCCUCAAGCUUCUCCUGUUGCAUCAAGGAAAGCCGAUGUUCCGAAUCCACUUACUGGGAGCCAAGACAUCCAAUCUAAACAUUCUUCUGCUUUCGAAUACCCACCAUACUGGUCUGUGGAAAAAUGGCCUGGUGUGCCAUCUCAAGGGGAUUUGACUCAAGCUAUGAAAAGACAUGAGAAGCCGAACACCACUGAGCCUUUGGAGAAUAACACUGACAUACACACCAGUCAGGGGGAGCACGUGGGACUGCAAGCGAAGCAGGGCUCCUCCAAGCCUGCUGGCCAGUCUCAUCUCUUUGGGAGCAAUGCAUCAACAAAUGGGAACAGGAUGGAGAGUAAACUAGCCCAGGUGUUGGAGGGGGAGAUUUUGAGGAAAGAAAGUGGGACGUCAGACAGUCCUCCCAGUGAAAAAUUGGAGGGCAUGGUUGCAUCUAUUCUUACAGGCCAGUGUGCAGGGGGAGGCGAUAAGUUUGAGAAGAAAACAAACGGAACCAAAGAGGAGUCGCCAACCAAAGCAAAAGCUGCUGCCAUCAAACAAAAGAAGACGAGUCCUAAGAAGCCAGCAAAGGAUAAAUCACCAGCAGACCCAUUAAAGAAGGCUGCAGGAAAGAAAAAGCAAGACACAGAAAAUACUCCGAUCAAAGUGUCUUGCAAAAAGAAGCGGAAGAAACAAUGUACACCUGUGCUGGAGCCGACUCCGUCUGUGGGAAAACUUUCCCCACAAAGUAAAGAGUCGAUUCCAAGGGACAACAUCAGUCCAAGCAAGGAUGAGCAACCAACCCGCAACAAAGCAGUUACAGAUAGCGGCAGCAGUCCUCAGAGUGUAGAGACUCCAGUGUCCCUCAGUAGCAUUGGCGUAUCCAGUAAGGAGGUCGAAACUACAGAGAGCUCCUUCCCGAGACUGAGGAGAGGACGACGGCGAGGUGACGACGCUCGACUUGAUCUCUGGGGCUUUGCAACACCUUCCCCUCCACCACCACCAAUGGCUCCUACAGCAGUUUCCCAGUCAGCCCCUCUGACUCCCACCCAACCUGCCCGCCGCCCAAGAGGGAGGCCACGAUCAAACCCCCUGCCAGAACGUAUGUUACAGGGCAAAGGCAAGACGGCCAGCGCAGAGGGUGACACACCUGCUCAAAAGAAACGCCGGCGAUGUCGUAACAAGAAGUACCAGACCGGUGAAUACAUCACUGAGAAAGACAAACUGGAAGAUGGAGAGCAUCAACAAGAGUCUGACUCCCUGAGACAGAACACUGAAACCCUAGCAGAUCCGCACCCAGAUCAGUGUCCGAGUCCCACUGACCGCAGUCCAGAGCCUCCUCCACGGAGACCCUCAUUCACUCGCUCAGGAUCAGUCCGCUACCAGGAUAGUGAGGAGUCUCCGGAGUGCAAUGAUAAGCCUUCAGGGAAGAGGAAGUUCAAAAGCAAACACUUGUGUGACAGUGAAGAACCGAAGAGUAAGACCAAACGCAGUAGUGGGGGGAAGCGUGGGGCCUCGCUUGCCCUGGAAGAUGAAGGUGCCGGUGUGAAAAGACCAGUUAGCCCACCACCCACUCCAAAAAGUUUGCCGUCUUCUCCAUCCAAUAAGAAAAGUUCACCGGGACGCAGCAGUGGUUCAGACACUCCACCCAAAAAGCCAAUUCCUCCGGAGGUUCGGCGAUUGAUUGUCAAUAAAAAUGCAGGGGAGACCUUGCUGCAACGUGCUGCCCGCUUGGGCUAUCAGGAUGUAGUCCAGUAUUGUCUUGAAAAGGACAUCAGGGAGGUUAAUCGGCGGGAUAACGCUGGUUACACAGCUCUCCAUGAGGCGUCCUCUCGAGGUUGGACUCAGAUUGUCCAGAUGCUGCUGAAACACGGUGCAGAUGUCAACUGUAGCGCUCAGGACGGAACACGGCCACUUCAUGACGCAGUAGCGAGUGAUAACCUACCGAUAGUCUGGCUGCUUCUGAACCACGGUGCCGACCCGACCCUGGCAACCUACUCUGGACACACGCCGGUCAAACUGGCACAUAGUCCCAGCAUGAAGACCUUCCUCACAGAAUACUUUACAGACCUGGAAGGCCGCAAUGAACAGGAUCCCAGUUUACCGUGGGAUUUCUACAGUAGCUCCCUGUUUGAGAUGGACCAGGAGCCGUGCUGGGACUUUCUGCUGUCUGAGCAGAACCAGGAGCUGGAUGACGACGUAACGGGGAACACCGAGCGGGACCCGGACAAAGACUGCCUUCUGUUUGAGUUCUCCUCCGAGCCUCUCCUACCCUGCUAUCAUGUUCAGGUGUCAUUAACACAGGGCUUUUGCAACUGGUUCCUCCUGACAGACGUGCUGAAGCGUCUGAAGAUGUCAUCGCGGAUCUUCCGGGCGCGUUACCCCCACUUCGAGGUGGUGAAUUUGUCUCACACCGAGCUCUGGAGGCAGGUUUCAGUCAGCCAGGUGAGCUCCGCUUUAGCGUCUCCAUACAGAGGCAAAAACAAAGAGGAAGACAAUGAAGAGGAGGAGGAGGGACUUGUGGAUCUGGUGCGUUGUGUACCAGAGCUCCAGAGACUAUUGGGCUCCUGCAUUCACAUCCUGCAAGAAGACGAGGAGGAGGAGGAGGAGGAGGAAGAGAUGCUGGCGAACACAGGGAAGCCUUGCAGCCGAUAGCCUCCCUGGCUACGCAGUCCUCCACCAUUCAGACACACUGUUUGUGGACACCAGAGUCCUUCAGUGCAAGGAGCAGCUCCAAGGAAACCUCUCCGUCCGUGGUAACGAGGGUCAUGGGUUUUAACUCCAGCCACAGUAAAGACUCGACACUCCACAGAUAACCUUUGACCUCAGACAGAAGUGAUCUGAAGGACCUGCACACCGGAGUGGUCAGUGCUGGAAAGCAGCUUUCAGGUUCCUAUCUAUAGGUAUAUUUGAAUACACGAGAACUCUUGAGCAAACCUUUUUUAUUGAUUAUGUACGUACCUGGUAGUGUAUAUGUAUAUCUUGCCAUCAGGGUUAACACAUUUGGUUAUAUAAAUGUAUUCUUGGGGCAAGGGACGGACAACAUUUAGGACUUUUUGUUUGAGCUUGUUCCUGAGGGAAAGCGAUAUUUUUCGACGGGAGAUAAUCCGAGGCUUUUAUCUUGGUGAACUCUUGCGUAAAGCUAAGACGCUUAAGUCAGGGAGGCCAUUGGCCCAGAUGGUUUCUCUGGCAACCUGGAGAUCUGGAGACCUGCAGAGAAGAGACCAUGGCACAUGAUAUUCAGACAUAAUCACCGGCCCAGCUCGGAGCCUCAUUUCCAUUUCCUCUCUGUCAUUUCUCACUUUAUCUUCCUGAGUAGAUCAGUGCUGGACGGACCUAAGAGCUCUCCAUGUUUCUUUCUCCUGCACAUUUCACAGAGUACGCAGCACUACGCUGUCCCAGUCCCUGCUCACAGUAUGAAAUAAUGCUCUUUUGGACCUUGAGAUUGAGAGUUUGUUUACAGAGUUGGACAGAUCGUAGUGUUCUCCGCUCCUCCUGAACUCAAACAGAAUCCUGUGGAUCUCUCUCAGAGGAAAAGCUGAACCAUCUCUGGAGUCCAGAGGAGCUGAGACGCCAUCUUAACUGCAGCCACGACUGUCCCCCACGUCCUCCUAUGGUGUUUCCAGAUCCCAGAGUGCUUUGUGUUGCAGUGUUUUAUUUACACUGAUUGUUGUGCUUAAUUUAAUAGUCAUUAAUAUAUUUGACCUCUUGUGUAUCUGACAACCCUAUCUAUGAGAAAUGCUUUCUAUGGUUGGUGCUUCAUUCUGAAAUGUACUUAUUAGGAUCCCUUUAUUCUGAGAUUUUCCUCCCUCAUUCAAAAACAGUAUUUCAAAAAAGCAAAAGUACAGUUUUAUUGUACUGGUGCUACGAUAGAUUUUGUGUUGACAAUCAAUGAAGUUUUGGUUUGAAGUCACAAACUAAUAAAGGAUAUUUAAGAAGAAGAGACUUAAGGUGUAAAGAGAAGUAUAGUUUAGUUAAAGUAAAUGGGUUACAACAAGACUGAAAGACGGAGACGUGUGUGAGAUCUUGAAAGAGCCUUUUAUUUGAUUCUUUUAUAAGAAAUCAGCAAGAAUAAAGCAUGAUUGUGAAUCAUA